AUGGCACUAUCUGAAGACGCAGUCCGCGAACAACUGAAGAACGUGAUCGACCCUGAAUUGUUCGUCAAUAUCGUCGAUCUCGGCUUGAUUUAUAACGUCAACUUUGAAGACAUCGAAGAGUCGGAGGACAAGAAAGUCCUGAUCGACAUGACGAUGACCAGCCCCGCCUGCCCUGCCGGACCACAGUUGAUCGGCGGUGCGAAGCAGUUCGUUUCGCAGAUGGAAGGGGUCGGUGACGUCGACGUGAAGAUCGUCAUGGAUCCUCCUUGGGGAGAUGGUUUGUUGGGAAUUUCCUUGCCAAACAGCUAUCCCCGAAGUGUCUUCAUCUACGAAUUGAUCACCGGCGGCGGUCUCUAUGCCGUCGAUGGUUCACCCUCUCCUAGCGGUUCCCUGCUCAAAGAAGGGACCGCCAUGUUGGCCGCACUCGCGUCUGACUUCGCCGCGAUCGAUGGUGUCUCGGUCACCGUGCUGAAGGACUCGCGGCUUGACGUUCUCGAGGUCGAAGCGGCACAGCAAAUCACCGUUCGCUCGGCCGACGAAGAGCGAGAAGCCUUCCGUCAGGCGGUCCGUUCGACCGACGCGACGCUGAUCAUCGCCCCUGAAUUCGAUGGGCUGCAUCUCCGGCGAACGCUCUGGGCCGAGGAAGAUGGCGCUUUUCUGCUGAGUCCCGGAAGCGACUUCGUCGGAAUCGCCGGCUGCAAAUGGGAAUGCUUUCAUCGAUGGCGUCUCGGCAAU